UCUAAAAAAUUAAAUCAUAACAUAGGCCCUCUUCACGGUCCACACUCCACCAUCCCAAACCCCUCAACACCCUCUUCCUAAAACCCUUCACAAAAACUCUCAGAGAACCAAAAUCAAACAGCAUGAGUUCGUUCACCAACACCACCAAUUUCGAUAACCUCCUCCUCCAAACCCUGAUGGGUCGCCUCCAAAUCCGCCCUCCGACCAGUCCUUUGCAGUCCCAGUCCCUCGAGGAACUCCUCUUCGACGCCGCCAAUUUCUCUGACGAUAUCGACGACGACGAAGACGAUAAUAGCAACAAGACGCAGCUCGCAAAAGAAGAAUCAAAGCUCGAAAAAGAAAUCGUCCGGGUCAUCCUCAGCGGCAAGACCGAUUCCCUCAAACCCAACUCGGGCCAGGCCGUCACCAUCGGCGAGCACCACAUUUGCGUCGGGUUUCAUGAGGAGAAGGGUUCGGAUUACCGGGUGUGGGAGUGGCACGGGCACAUAAUGCUCUUUGACGAAGAGAACGGGUACACGCCCGAGUAUAUAUAUGGGAAUUACUUCGAGAGGUUGUUGGUGAAGUCGCGUGGUGGUGAAGAGGAGAAGGAGGACGAGGAGGAAGAGGAGGAGAAGGAAGAGAAGGUGGGGAACUUGGGGCUGAGGGAGUUGAUUGAUGGUGGGGAUUCCGGUGGUGGUCGGAUUCUUCAUCGGAGCAUGAAUACUGGUUCUUCAAGGGUUUAGUCUAGAGUCUUCAGUUAGCAUAUGAAGUUUUGGGAUUUAAAGAGAAGCUGCACCCAGUGCUCAUCCACUUUGUUGAUUGGAGAUUGAGGUUAUUGCUCAUCAUUCUGCACACGAUGUCCAAUGCAGUUUCGAGUAUUCAUCGUGUAUUUUAUAUUUUCUGUAUUUGGACUUCGACUACUUCUUUGGCUGCAUAGAAAAUGUGAAAUAAUUUUGGUAAAGUAACUUAUUUAUUCAGCAGAACAAGUAUUUGCAUUAA